AUGGAGAUUUUGCAUUCCUUGGAACUCCGUGUUUCCGAGAUGGAAGCCACUGAAGUACCUCUGUGCCCACUCCAGGAAAUUAUUACCAGUGCCGGCAACCUGUCCCAGUCUCCUCGACCUGCGUCAUUAUUUGAGGAUCCUUUUACUCUCUCAAACUUCGAUUUCAAUGUCUUUGACGAUCUCUGGCCACGGGAGCAAGUUGGUAAUCUGGGGUGGCUUGCUUAA